AUGCUCACCCUCGCAAAACAACUCAAGAACUCACCUUCAUGCUUCCAAUCCGCCGUCAGCCAAAUACGGUGGGUCUGGACUGAGUCCGGCCCGUCCCGGCGCCGGCAAAGGCACAAGUCUCCGGCCCUGGCUAUGAGGAAGUCGGAGGAGAAGUCCGAGCGGCGGAUAGUCGACGGCGAAAUCCACGAGAUCGGUGAUCACGUGCCUCCACAUGAGCGGUUCAUCAUUCCCAGAGAUAACAUCCCCAACAAGCGUCGAAAGCAGUUCAUGCGCGCGCACUAG